AAGAAUCUACGACUGUGAUGUUUACAAACCAGUGAAGAACACCUACAAUACAAGUAGACUAUAUUCUGCCCAGUCCCAAGUUCUGUAGUGCAAAAUAAAUGUAUUUGUCUCAAUUGCAUGCUAAUGUGAGUUGUAUUUCCAAAACCAUUGUGGUUUAGUACUACUGUCCGAGAACUUGUGCUAUAGAAGUGAAAAAGGCAAGCAGUCCGAAUUAAGAUUGCUUGUAAGCAUGUUUAUAAUGUUGAUAUUUGUGCGAGUUGUACUCUGCCUGGAAUUCUGGGCUGUCAUUUUUAAUUAUACCCUUACCACAUCAUUUCAGGAGUUCGUUCAGGUGCUUUUGUUAGCGAAGCUAGGUAGUUGGUUCCUUUGAGCUCGGAGUCGUAAAAGUUGCGUGACCUAGUAAAACCAAGGUAAGGUUUAUGCCCGGUGGAUAGUACUUUUUAUGAUAAAACCAGUUUAUUUGACAUGCAAAGCACGUGGAAAAGGUUGUUGAAUGAGUUUAUGUCACGGUCAGAAGAGGAGAGGCAAAAGUGAAAACAGUUUGCCUUUCAGAGUGCUAAUGUGCCUGGUAGUGGCGGAAGAAGCAGUGCGACUCCUUUUCGCCAGUAAUGUUCUCAACGUCAAACUUUAACAUCUUGCUUUGAUCAAGACCUUGCUUGAGGAGCAACGUAAAAGAGAGAGCAGUGACUUGUUAGAUCUGGUCGAGAGCUAAGAGUUGGCAGCUCAGUUAAGUGCUGAUGCUGGUUGCCACUUGGAAAUGCAGCAACGGUGACCCUGGAAAUGGAGACAAUCACACAGGCAGGGAAUAGUGGAUCCUUUCCCAACCUAUGCAGGGCAAGUUAAAGAUUCGAAAGGAAGAGGAAAUGAGGAACUUGCCGAUGCAAACCUGCGUCCUUUCGUUCAAUGCUUUGGAGAAUGGUGUGCUAGGCAUUGUUGGGCUCUCUCUUUCUCCUCCUCCUCCUCUUGCAACAGAUGAGGCAAACGCAUCGGAGCAUAUUGUUGAGCAAAUGGUCGAUGAGACUCUGGAACAACCUGCACAACCUCACCAAACUACGACUCAAGCCAGAACAUCCACCGACAUAUACUUAUCCCAUUUGGAGGCAUUGGGUCGGCAGAAUGCCCAAAUCCUGGAGCAAAAUGCACUCAUUCUCUCCCGCCUCGAUAGAGAAAAUGAAGCUCGGCGCUACAUCAUCAAAUGCAACAUCACAUCAUGAUGUCCUUGAGGAUUGACUACAAAAUAUUCCCAAGACCUUGGGAAUUAUCUCUUAAGCCAACCGAGGAAAGCAAUGAAGAGGGCAGUGAAGACUGAAGAGGAUGACGAUGAGCAAAACAAGGAAAGCAAUGAAGAGGAAAAAUGCACCAACGAGGAAGAGGUAGUGAAGAGGAUGGCGAGGGAACUGACGAUGAUCAAAACAAGGAAAGCAAUCAAGAGGACAAAGGGACCAAUGAGGAAGAGGGUAGUGAAGACGAUGACGAGGGCAAUGACGAUGACCAAAACAAGGAAAGCAAUCAAGAGAACAAAGGGACCAAUGAGGAAGAGGGCAGUGACUCUAGCGAGGGCAAUGAAGAUGAGCAAAUCCAGGAAAACAAUGACGAGGACGAGAGCACUGACAAGGAAGAGGGGCAGUGAAGAUGAGCCAAUCAAAGUCCUUAGUACUU